AAUUUAUUGCUAAAAUUUACGAUCAUCGUAUUACAAAAUUUUAUACUCAAGCAUUUCAUGUUAGAAUCAAAUAUUUUUUUCACGAUUUUAUAAAAGUGAAUUUUUGUUACAAUCAACUUUCAUAUUUUACAUAACAAUAAAACAACAUGGCAAUAAUAAUAUAAUGUCUUUAAUAUGAAUUGGAUCAGCAAUGCAGGGAUUCUAAUAACAUUUCUUCAAAAUGUUCUUUCUCAAAACCUACAUGGGUAUAAUUCUAAAAGAUUCCAACUUCGCCAAUUAAGAUCGUUUUAUGAGGAACGAUUUAAUUAUCGAGACAGUAAUAGAGAUUACGACGUUAGCGUUGAGCUAGAAAAUAUUAAAAAGUUAAAAUGUAAAUGCGUAUGUAAGAAUAAAUGCUCCGACAUACAGGUGACUCCUGUCCAAUAUCAGCAGCAAUCUUGCUGUCCGCCCGAGUGCUGUGUUGAUGGAUCCCGCUACCCUAAAGAUGAACGCUAUCCUGGGUACGACAGAUACCCAGGACAAAAAGGGUAUCCGGGGCAGGCUGGAUAUCCGGGUUUAGACGGAUAUCCGGGCUCAGGUAGAUAUCCGGGUCAAGGCGGAUAUUCGGGGCUAGAUCGGUAUCCGGGUCAAAAUGGAUAUCCGGGCCAAGAUGGAUAUCCAGGGCAAGUUGGAUAUCCCGACCAAGAUAGAUAUCCCCCGUACAAUCGACGUCCCGGGUAUGAUAAAUAUCCAGGAAUUGAUUAUGACCGCAACCUUUACCCCCAGGGUCCCUACUAUACAAGACCCUCUAGAUACCCUGAUAACAAUUUUUAUCCAAAUCAGAACCGUUAUCCUAAUUAUCCUCCAAAUUAUAAUCCAACAGCAAAACCAGACUCAUUUACAAAUUUUCCUUCCAUGAUUACCUUUACUCUUCCAAAACAUUAUUCUAUAUUCUUUCCUUGGAUGUCUUCUGCCUUUACGCCUAAUCAUAUCCAAACUACACCGACGUCCUCAAAUAAUAAAGAAGCAACUGCUAUCAAAACGGAAAUACCUUCAGUAAAAAUAGAGACAACUCCAGGAGUUAAUGUUGUAACGGCUUCAAAUGUUGUUACAGCUGUAACUGAUGUAACAACAGCAACAGCUGCAACCGCUGCAACAGCUGCAACCGCCGCAACACCUGUUACCGCCGCAACAGCUGCAACCGCCGCAACAGCCGCAACAGCUGCAACAACUGCAAGUGCAGUACCACAAACAACGAAACAAGAAGUAACACAACCUCAAGCUGAAAACACAACAGCCGUAUCAAAUACAACUACAGAAAAUACAGAAAUAGUUUCUAAAUCUACAGCCCCUUACAGAAUUGAGGAUGAGGUAGCAGAUGGUGGGAAGAAGCUCGCUUAUUACCGACAGAAUGAAAUGUGUUCAGGAGAAUAUUGUGACAACAAAUAUAAAAGAGUAGGAAAAUACAAUUUUAAUGAUCUACUUCCAAGGCCGACAGUUAAGAGUUAUUUGCGUGCCAAGAAUUCUUAUAUUGAACCUAUUCGCAGAAGAAAUAGUUUUGGAUCUAAAUUAAAUAUUCCGAUACCGGACAAAAUGGCGUUCAAAUUGAUGGAUAAACUACGACGUACAUAUUAAUGUAGGAAAUUCCUAAUUCAAGGGUAAAUUAAUAUCAUUAAGGGUGAAAAAAAUAAAUGAAAUAUGAAAUUUAUCAUGUUGUAUGACCAACUACCUGGAUUUGAGCUCGGAGGAUAUAGUUCGUGAUUUCACAUCCACAUAGAACUACGAUACAUGUAGGUAUAAUAUUUCAAAAAAUACAUAAAUCUUAUAGUUACAUGUUUCGUCAACAAAACUUAUUAUUAUGAUUAAAUAUUUCAAGAAGUCCUCUUUAUAA